GGUCCUCCCACCCGGUAGGCGGCGCUACCCGUCGUGCCCCGCGCGGCGCCGCCCCUCAGCGGAGGAGCCGCGGGAAAUGGAGGAGGAGGAGAAGCCCCCCCGGGGGGGGGAGGACCCGGGAGAGGACGGGGGGGGCCCUGGGGGAGCCCCCACGGAACAGGAGGGGGCUCUGAGAGCCAGCCAGGGCUUACUGAAGGCCCUGCAGCGCCUGGUGAGCGGCGCCCUCGUCUGGGGACAAGAUCCCCCCCUGAAGCCGCCCCGGCAGCGCUGGUGUUGGGGACCCCGGCCAGAGAGCGGCCCGGUCUGGGAGGCCGCGGGGGGUCCUGGGGGAGCCCUGGAGCAGCUGCAGCUCAGCGGCGAGGGGAGCCCCCCUGAGGACGAGGAGCUGGAGUUGGUGGCCGAGCUGCGCCUGGGGGGACCUGGGGGGGCUGGCGGCGACCUCGGGGCUCCUGCGCAGGGACCGAGCCUGGAGAGCCCCAAAAGGAGGCCCCCGCCGCCUCCGGGGUCCCCGAGCGGGCCGCUCCCGGCGGCGGGACCCCCCCAAAAACCAACAGAGACCCCCCCAACCCCCUCCCGGCGCGCCGAGGGACGAACCCAACCGGCCCCACCCUCCAAAAAAGUUGAUUCCUCCUCCUCUUCCUCCUCCUCCUCAUCUUCAUCCUCCUCUUCCUCUUCUUCCUCCCGCUCUUCCUCCUCCUCCUCCUCCGCCCCUCCCGCCGCGCCGGCCCGGCCGCGCUCUCCGGUGUUGGAUAUUUAUGAUCCUUUCCACCCCACGGAUGAGGAAACCCAAAUGUUGGGAAUGGUGGAGGAGGGGGAGGAGCCCCCCAAGAUUUCGGACCAGAAGUACGACCCCUUCGACCCCACCGGCUCCAACCCCAGCUCGUCGCCGAGCAGCCCCAGCCCCGAGGAGGAGGAAGAGGAGGAAGAAGACGAAGAAGAAGAUGAAGAAAAUGAAGAGGAUGAUGAUGAUGAUGAAGAGGAGGAGGAAGAAGCGCCGGCGCUCCCCGACGUGUCGCACAGCAUCAGCCGCAUCUCCGAGACCUUGGCCGGCAUCUACGACGACAACAGCCUGAGCCAAGACUUCGAGAAAGAUCCGGAACCGCCCAAAACGCCGCCCAACCCGCCCGGCGCCGACUCCACCCUCCCUGAAGACGAGGAGGAGGAAGAGGAAGAGGAGGAUGAGGAGGAAAGGGGAGAUGGAGGCUCCUCCCCGCUCGACCCGGCCGCGCCGGAGCCGCGCCGCCGCGUCUUCGUGGUGGAUCUGGGCGGGAAAGGCCGCGCCGAGAGCGAGGCGCACGCCAAAUUCGACGGCAAGCUCUCGCUGGAGGUGGUCACCGCCAACAACCCCAAACCUCCCCAAAUUCCCAACGUCCAAACCCAACCCAAAACGUCCAAACCGGCGGCGCCGCGGCACCGCGGCCGGCGCGAGUGGGGCGGGCCGGGCGAUUCGGAGAUCGAGGAGGGCGAGAUCGUGCAGCCCGAGGAGGAGCGCUUCAGCCCCGUGCGGAUUUUCCGCGGCGCCGCUCCCGCUUCCGGCGCCGCCGCUCCCGGUUCGGGCGGCGCCGGCCGGGCGAGAACCGCGUCGCCGAUCCCCCGCCCGCCGCGUCUCCCCGAGGGCGGCGACGAUUUUUUAUCGCUGCACGCUGAUUCGGACGAGGAAGGCGAUCGGCGCCGAGUCCCAACGGACCCGCGGUGGAAAAGCGGCGGCGGCGCUGCCGGAACCGGGUCGGAUUUACGGCGGGAAAAUCCUCACCCAACGCCGGCUGCGCGCGCCGCCCUCAGCGCGCUCGCCCUCGGCGGCCUCCAGGAAAAAAUCCAAGCGAUCCCGCGAGGCGCGGCGGCAACGCGCCACAACUUGGGUCGGCGGGAAGAAAACAACCGGAAGGCGGCGAGCAAAUCCAAGGAGCGUCACCGGCGCCGCGGGUCGCGCUCGCGGUCGCGCCGGCGCUCGUGGUCGCGGCGGUCGCGCUCCAGAGAGAAACGGCGCCGCCGGCGUUCCGGCAGCUCGGGGCGAUCGCGGCACAAGAGAAGCACCGCGGGGAGAAGAAGAAGAAAGAAGCAACGCUCGCGGUCGAGGGAGCGGCGAGGAUCGCGGCACGACGGCAAGGGCGGAGAAAAGCGACGCGACGGCGCCGCGGCGACGAGAGCUCGCGCGGUGGUGCCGCCCUCGGUGCAGGAACUCAACGAUUCCGAUCUUUUCGCCAUCAAGAGGACGAUCACGGUGAGCCGGCGCGGCGCUACGGCGACGCCGGAACCGAAGCGCGAGGUUCUCUACGAUUCCGAAGGGUUGAGCUUCGAGGGGUUCUCCGACCGCGAGCACGCCGAGUUCCCGGCGAGGAAAUCCGAGCAGAGAGUGGCGGAAACGGGGAAAAAAGAGAAGGAGAGAAAACGAGGCCGCGCCGAGGAGAGGCCAACACAGAGGGAGAAAUACAAGAAGAAAUUUAAGGAAUAUCCCGAAGCGACGGCGGCAAAACGAAGGAGAAGCAACGGGAGAAACCCAACCGGAAAAGCAAAAGCAGCGGCGGGCACAAGGAAGGGGCGGGAGACGGCGAAAUCGGCGGCGCCGGCGGCGGCGAGGAAGGUGAAGCUGCAAUCCAAGGUGUCGGUGUUGAUCAGGGAAGGCGUCAGCUCCACCACAACUCCCAGCAAAGACGGAACCGGCGGAACCGGGAUCGGCGUGAAAUUCGCCCGCGACGCCGAGAGCCGCGCGGCGUUCCUGAAACCGGAGGAGAAAACGGAGGAAAAAAUCCCAAAGCGGAGGCGGCGUGGUCGGGGUCGGAAAAAUCCAACGUGGAACGCCCAAAGCGCCGGGAACGCCGACGGCGACGCCGAAAACGCCGGCGGUGACCGCGACCGCGCGACGGCGCCGCAAACGGAACGGGAGUUGACGCCGGACUCGCAAACCGUGGACAGCAGCUGCAAAACCCCCGAUGUUUCUUUCUUGGUUGAGGAGGAAGGAGGAGGAGGAGGAGGAGGAGGAGAAGCUCAGAAUUUUGGGGGUGUUGAGGGGGUCGUAGGGGAGGCUCCCGGAGCGGAGGGUGAGGCCGACAGCCGGGGAGAGGCCAAGGAGGAGACGGCGAGAGCGGCGGCGGCGGCACCGGGAGCGGCAACGGCGGCGGCGCCGGGAGCGUGGAGCCUGCAGGGGGGGGUGGAUUGCGCCACCAGCGGGGUGCUGGCGUUGACUGCCCUGCUGUUCAAGAUGGAAGAAGCCAACCUGGCCAGCAGGGCCAAGGCCCAGGAGCUGAUCCAGGCCACCAACCAGAUCCUGAGCCAGGGCAAGGCCGCCCCUCCCCCCCUGGGCCCCACCCCUGGGCCCCUCCCCCCGGGACCCCCCGGGAGGAGGGACAGCGAGGGCAGAGGGGACAGUGACAAGUACCUGAAGAAGCUGCACACGCAGGAGCGCGCGGUGGAGGAGGUGAAGCUCGCCAUCAAACCCUUCUACCAGCGCAAGGACAUCACCAAGGACGAGUACAAGGACAUCCUGCGCAAGGCCGUGCACAAGAUCUGCCACAGCCGCAGCGGCGAGAUCAACCCCGUCAAGGUGAACAACCUGGUGUGCGCCUACGUCCAGCGCUACAAAUACUUCCGGAAGCGCGGCCGCCGCGGGGGAGGGGCUGGAGGGGCUGGAGGGGGCGGGGCCGGACCGGGAAACCCCCCUGAGGACCCCCCAAACCCUGGGGGACCCCAAAAAGACCCCGGGGACAAAACCCUGCCCCCCACCCUCCCCCUCCCCCCGCUGUAAAUAGAAAAUUCCACCCCCGUCCCCCCCCGCCGCGGAAAUAAUGGUUCGGUCCGGUUCGCAUGAAUUUUGGAGAAAUUUUCCUGAUUUUUUUCUUCCCUUUUUUUUCCUUUUUUUUUUUUUUUUUCCCUGAGAUCUGCCCCCUAAAAUUUUGCUCUGUAAUCCCCCUGAAAAUGAUAAAUGAUAAAUUGGA